AUGGCGGACUAUCUGAUCAGCGGGCAGACCAGUUACAUCCCCGACGACGGGCUGACGGGACAGCAGCUGUUCAACGGAGGAGACGGGCUCACGUACAACGACUUCCUGAUUCUGCCAGGCUACAUCGACUUUACAUCGGAGCAAGUGGACCUGACCUCAGCGCUCACCAAACAGAUCACCAUGAAAACUCCCUUUGUCUCCUCUCCCAUGGACACCGUUACAGAGGCCAACAUGGCCAUCGCCAUGGCACUAACGGGUGGUAUCGGCUUCAUCCACCACAACUGCACUCCAGAGUUCCAAGCCAAUGAAGUCCGCAAAGUCAAGCGUUAUGAGCAGGGCUUCAUCACGGACCCUGUGGUGAUGAGCCCCAACGAGAGGGUACGGGACGUGUUCCAGGCCAAGGCUCGCUACGGCUUCUGCGGAAUCCCCAUCACAGACGACGGCAAAAUGGGCAGCAAGCUGGUGGGCAUCAUCUCUUCUAGAGACAUCGACUUCCUGAAGGAGGAGGAUCAUGACCUGCCACUGAGUGAGGUGAUGACAAAGCUAGAGGACCUUGUGGUCGCCCCUGCUGGAGUGACACUUAAAGAAGCUAAUGAAAUCCUCCAGAGGAGUAAGAAAGGUAAACUGCCCAUAGUGAAUGAGGAGGGCUCCCUGGUGUCCAUCAUUGCCCGCACAGACCUGAAGAAGAACAGAGACUUCCCUCUGGCCUCCAAAGACUCCCGCAAACAGCUGCUAUGUGGCGCCGCCAUCGGAACUCACAAUGACGACAAAUAUCGGUUGGACCUGCUGGCGCAGAGCGGCGUGGACGUGGUUGUACUGGACUCGUCUCAGGGCAACUCAAUCUUCCAGAUCAACAUGAUCAAAUACAUCAAAGAAAAGUAUCCAAACCUACAGGUCAUCGGAGGCAACGUGGUGACUGCAGCUCAGGCUAAGAACCUCAUCGAUGCAGGAGUGGACGCUCUGAGAGUGGGGAUGGGCAGCGGCUCCAUCUGCAUCACACAGGAAGUGCUGGCGUGCGGCAGACCCCAGGCCACAGCUGUCUAUAAAGUAUCAGAGUACGCCAGGCGUUUCGGCGUGCCCGUCAUCGCUGAUGGCGGCAUACAGACUGUCGGCCACAUUGCCAAAGCCCUGGCACUGGGAGCGUCCACAGUAAUGAUGGGCUCUCUGCUGGCUGCCACCAGUGAAGCCCCUGGUGAAUAUUUCUUCUCUGAUGGCAUCCGGCUGAAGAAGUACCGUGGCAUGGGUUCCCUGGAUGCCAUGGACAAAAACCUGGGCUCCCAGACCAGAUACUUCAGUGAGUGUGAUAAGAUUAAAGUUGCUCAGGGUGUUUCUGGAGCAGUGCAGGACAAAGGCUCCAUCCACAAGUUCGUUCCGUACCUUUUGGCCGGUAUUCAGCACUCGUGUCAGGACAUCGGAGCCAAGAGUCUAACACAGCUCAGAGCCAUGAUGUACUCUGGAGAUCUGAAAUUUGAAAAGAGAACAGCGUCUGCUCAGAUGGAAGGUGGAGUCCACAGCCUGCACAGUUAUGAGAAACGUCUGUUUUAAGAAGAAGCAGCCAGCCAAUCAGCCUGCAGAUGGGGAAUCCUUCAAACAGACACAUUAUGCAAACACACUACUGAACUUGCUAGGCCCUCUUCCGUUUAAACUUGACAUGCGCACCACUAAGUUCUCAUACAAAUUCAAAGAUAAACACACACAUCCACACUGUACUCUUCCAAGGAUCCAUCGGUCUUCCUGCCAGUGUCAUCUAUGCAUCAUCUGUGUUAAGUAUAGCUGUUUGUGUGCGUGUGUGACGGAGGGGAACUGAGCAUUUAUCAAUCAGUGCACGUGUGAUUGAGUCCUCCAAUGCCUUUCAUGUUGUGAUUAAAAAAAAAAUGUCUGGUAUGUCCAUUUGAAAGCAAAAAAGUUGUCCAACAAUAAAGCUUAUGUGUUUUUCCACGA